AUGGACGAGUCAAGAAGAGGAGACUUUCCCACAUGCUUUGCUUCGUGUUCGAUAGGUUUCGACCACGCUAGAUACACUCUUCCGGACAAACUUGUUGCCAUUGCAAAUGCCGGUUUCGACGCCAUUGAGCUGUCCAUGUCAGACAUUCUGGGGUACGGACAACAGAUCUCGGAGAGCAAGUUGGAAAUCGAUCCCAAAGACUAUGCAACCCUCCGAUCGGUUGGAAAAGACAUUGGAGAUUUGUGCCAAAAGCAAGGCCUGGAGAUCUUGAUUUUGCAACCCUUUGCCAAUUUCGAAGGGUGGCCUAAAGGAACUCCACAGAGAGAGGAUGCCUUUGAACGAGCCAUGGGGUGGAUGGGUAUCAUGGAGGCCGUAGGGACGGAUAUGCUCCAGAUUGGCUCGUCCGACGCGGAAGGGAUCCUGUCAAGUUUGGAUGAUUCAGCAUCCGACCUGGCCGAACUUGCAGAUACUUUUGCAGAGAAGGGCUUUAAAAUCGCGUACGAAAAUUGGAGUUGGGCCACCCAUGCCUCGACUUGGAAAAACGUCUGGGAAAUUGUGAAGAGAGCCAACAGGCCGAAUCUAGGUCUGUGCCUGGAUACUUUUCAGAGUGCAGGAGGAGAAUGGGGAAAUCCGACGACAGAAUCCGGACUGAACGAGGGCGCAAAUAAGGAUGAGCUGGAGAGGAGGUGGAGGGCCAGUUGUGAAGAACUCUCCAAGACCGUUCCUUCGGACAAAAUAUUCUUCCUGCAAAUCUCCGACGCUUAUAAAAUGGAUCCGCCAUUGAAAGACGAACCGGAUGAAAAUGGUUUGAGGCCCCGAGGUCAGUGGAGUCAUGAUUGCCGUCCGCUCCCGUAUGAUGGUGGAUAUCUGCCUAUUGAGAACUUCACAAGAGCUGUGUUGAAGACAGAUUUCCGAGGCUGGAUGUCAAUGGAAGUGUUUGACGGUAGAGGUCCUGAAAAGUAUGGAGAUGACAUGGGCAUUUUUGCAAACCAGGCGUUCCAUGUACUGCAGAAACUCUUGAACCGAGCGGGAGAAUCAGAGUAA